CCCGAGUCUCACCGCCAAAGCAUGGGACGCAGCAGCAGGAGUAGGAAGGAGGCCUCAUCCGGUCGACGCAGACGAAAGUCCGACGACUCCGACUCGGAUUCGUACACCGACUCCGACGAUUCCGACAGCCUCGACUCCUCUCCGUCGAGGAGUUCCGCCAAGCGCAAGGAGCGAAGCAGUCGCAGCAGAAAGAGCAGCAGCCGCCGCCGGAACCACUCCGACGACGAGUCGUAUGAAAGCGACGACAGCGACGAGCCCGACCGCAAGAAGAAGAGGUCGUCGAGGAACGUCACCGAGGAGCAAAUCGCCGAGUACUUGGCUAAGAAGGCACAGAAAAAGGCCGCUCGAGUAGCUAAGAAGCUGAAAUCGAAGACGGUUUCGGGUUAUUCCAAUGAUUCGAAUCCCUUUGGUGAUUCCAAUCUCAAUGAGACAUUUGUAUGGAGAAAGAAGAUUGAGCGUGAUGUCUCCCACGGCGUGCCACUCGACGUGUAUUCAGUUAAAGCUGAGAAGCAAAGACAGAGAGACAGGAUGGCUGAGAUAGAAAAGGUUAAGAAGAGAAGGGAGGAAAGAGCACUUGAAAAAGCUCAACAUGAGGAAGAAAUGGCGCUGCUUGCCAGAGAACGCGCUCGGGCUGAGUUCCAAGACUGGGAGAAAAAAGAAGAAGAGUUCCACUUUGAUCAAAGCAAAAUGAGGUCAGAGAUCAGAUUGCGUGAAGGGCGUAUCAAGCCAAUUGAUGUACUUUCCAAGCAUCUUGAUGGCUCAGAUGAUUUAGAUAUUGAGAUAAAUGAGCCAUACAUGGUUUUCAAGGGCUUGACGGUAAAGGAAAUGGAAGAGCUUCGAGAUGACAUUAAAAUGCAUCUUGAUUUAGACAGGGCAACUCCUACACAUAUAGAAUACUGGGAGGCACUUUUGGUGGUUUGCGAUUGGGAGCUAUCUGAAGCUCGGAAAAAGGAUGCUUUGGAUCGAGCUAGGGUUCGUGGGGAGGAACCUCCUGCCGAGUUACUUGCUGAACAAAGAGGCAUGCAUUCUAGCAUUGAAGCAGAUGUCAAGAAUCUCUUGGAAGGGAAGACUUACAGUCAGUUGGAGGCAUUACAGUCUGAAAUUGAGUCACAGAUGCGUUCUGGUACAGCCAAGGUCGUUGAGUAUUGGGAGGCUGUUCUUACACGCCUCCAUAUAUUCAAGGCCAAGGCCUGUUUGAAAGAAAUCCAUGCUAAAAUGUUGCACAAGCAUCUGCAGCGCCUUGAGGGACGAGAGGAUGGUGAAGAGAAAUUGGAUAUGCCCGAUGACUUGCAACCUGAAGAGGAGAGUGAGCCUGAUGCUAAUGGUGCUGAAACAUAUUCACCAGAACCCAUAGAGGAGGAGAUCCACAUGGCUGAAGAAGAGGCUGAAGAGGCCGGUUCAUUUUCACCUGAACUAUUACAUGGAGAUGAAAAUGAGGAAGUGAUGGACCCUGAAGAGGAUAGGGCUAUACUGGAACGCAAGCGCAUGGCCGUAUUAGAAGAACAACAAAGACGAAUUCAAGAGGCUAUGGCAUCAAAGCCAGCUCCACCAUCAGAAGAUAACUUUGAGAUGAAGGCUGCCAUGAAAGCCAUGGGUGCCAUGGAGGAAGGUGAUGCAAUAUUUGGCUCUGGUUCUGAAGUGAACCUUGACUCACAGGUUUACUGGUGGCACGACAAGUACCGACCUAGAAAGCCGAAAUAUUUCAACCGUGUUCACACAGGAUAUGAAUGGAACAAGUACAAUCAGACCCACUAUGAUCACGAUAACCCACCUCCAAAGAUUGUGCAAGGAUAUAAAUUCAACAUCUUCUAUCCAGACCUUGUUGACAAGAUAAAGGCUCCAACUUAUACUAUUGAGAAGGAUGGAAGCAGCAGCGAGACCUGCAUUAUAAGGUUUCAUGCAGGGCCACCUUACGAAGACAUUGCAUUCCGUAUAGUGAACAAAGAAUGGGAAUACUCUCACAAGAAGGGGUUUAAAUGCACAUUCGAGCGUGGAAUUUUGCACGUAUACUUUAACUUCAAACGAUACCGGUACCGCAGGUGAUGUGGCUGGUCUGCAACUGGUUCACACAGUUUCAUUUCAUAUGUUCUGGGGUAGUGAAAGAAAAAAAAAAAAACGGAAACAAAAAGAACAUUCAGUCAGCUUGUACUCACUUGUGUUGUAUUGCCAUCUUAUUAACUAGUUUGUUCACCCUACAUAUUCUUCUCACUCUACAUAUAUAUUUUUUAAUUUCAAGUGUACUUUGUUCACCCA